UGACUGGCCAACAUUGUCACGUGAUUCUAUUUAAACAUCCCAUAUUUGGGCAGCGCACAUAGAAUAAAGAAAAGAAGGAUCUCCACCUAUAAAUUCUGCACUUUAGAGAACAAAAAACCUGAACUUCAAAAGGGCCACAAAUCAAGCCUAAUCAAAGGGGUGUGAGAGAAAAGAGCGAGGGAGAGAGAGAGAGAGAGAAAGAGAGAGAGAGAGAGAGAGUGGGGGAAAAUAUAAUUCCUGACAUGAGUUCCUACGUAGCCAAUUCGUUCUAUAAGCAAAAUCCAAAUGUCCCAGCCUAUGCCAUGCAAAAUUAUGGGAAUUAUGGAUCUGUGGCUGAGGUUCAGCCAUCCAGGUAUUGCUACAGUGGGCUGGAUCUGAGCAUUACAUUCCCUUCAUCUGGGGCUUCCAACUCUCUGAACGGUGUGGACAUGUCUUCAACCCCCAGAACUAACCCCGACCGACCUUCCUGUACAGUCAUGGGAUCUUCAGGGCACACUUUAGGCAGAGACGACCAGGCACCUCUAAACCCAGGAAUUUACAGUCAGAAAACUGGUAACAGCAACACCUCCACCACGUCGAUGGAAGAUAGAUCUAAGAGCGGUGGGGAAAUCAAGAAUGAACCGGUGCAAACAGCCCAGCAAAGCGGGCAGACCCAUCAGCCGCCGCCGCACCAGCCGCCUCCACAAAUAUAUCCGUGGAUGACCAAACUCCACAUGAGCCACGAAGCAGACGGCAAACGCUCCAGAACCAGCUACACUCGCUAUCAAACUCUGGAACUCGAAAAAGAGUUCCAUUUUAACAGAUAUCUCACCCGCCGGAGGCGCAUAGAGAUUGCCAACAACCUGUGUUUGAAUGAGAGGCAAAUCAAAAUAUGGUUUCAAAACCGGCGGAUGAAAUGGAAGAAAGAUUCCAAAAUGAAAAGCAAAGAAGCCCUCUAGGUAGAAGUCUGGGACGGGGUGGGGGCGGCGGCGGCGGCGGCGGGGGCAGGGGCAGGGGGUGGGAACCAGGUCGUGUUGACAAGAAGUGAGCAACCUAUCUUGAGAAAACUUUUUGGGGGGGGGCUUGGGCGAGGAGAGUGGGAAAGGCGGGGGGUGGGGGUGGUCGCGGACUGACCUGAGCUACUCGCUCUGGCAAAUCUAUCAGACAAAAGGCGUUUUCUUAUUAGUAUGCAAAAUAAAGCCCCCCCCCUUUUAGCUUCCAGUAGAAGCCACAGUUAAGCUACUCUGGAGGACUCGUAACAAGCCGCGCUCUCUAACCUCCCGAUAGGUGGGAAGGGAGACAUGUGUUGGGUCAACUCACAACCCGGUCCAGAGUUGAAUGGGGGACGUUUGACGGGUCUUCAACAUCACCACGAGAAACAGUAUUAUCAUAAGUGUAGGACAUGAUCCUGGAAGCUGUUAGGAGUUUUGAAGUGAGGAGGAGAGGAGGGAUGGUAUCUUCACGACUUUGAGAAAGUCCAAAAGCCUUGGUCCCUAGCACCAGAACUCGGAAGUCGGAGAUGCCUCCAGACUUUCCCAUCCAAGGCCGAGGAGGUUGAAAAUUGCCAUUCCUGGGCACGCUUGAGAUGCGGGUGAGUCCUCCUGGGCUCCAUGGAGACUUACUUCCGAGUAAACGUGCCUGGGACGGAGAAGCGUGCCCUGAGGGCGGCGUGCCCUGAGGGCGAGAGCCCCUGUUUACUUUUGAGGCGCAUUGAAAGUUUGCCACAUGUGGUUUUCUGGAUGCACUUAAUCUGAAAGGUUGGGGAGGGCGGGGAGGGGGGGCGGUCAUGCUCGUAAGAGAUGAGUUCCUCGGGACUGGGGUGCGCGUGUGUUUGUAUGUGUGUGUUUCACUUUAUUAUCUCACCACCACCCCCUUCCUCAGUGACUUAUUUUUGUAUUAUUUGCAUAUGAAAGAAAAGUGAAUGGACAAUGAGCAAAUCUGUUUUAGCGUCUCCCCUGGGAGAUUUGCGCAAAAAUAUGAAAGCACUGUUUUGGGAGUGGGCGGGGAAGGGGAGAAGAGCAGUGAAGUCUCUGGACUUAAAUAUUCCUGUGUAUUUAUUUGCUUCGUAAUUAAUGUGGCUUUGCAAACAAAAAACCCGAUAUGCUGAAUUUUCAUACAAAUGUACACCUUCUGUUUACAUGUACGCCAUUCUAGCCAGUAAUCCCUUUCCUCUCCUCGAUGUUGUAUUCCAUAUAUUUAUUGGUUGUAAUUUCAUAUGUGAAAGACCAUGGAACAUAUAUAUUUUGUCAUAUUGAAUAAACGUUAAAGAAGACUUAAACAA